GCAUCUCAGGCUUUCGUAGGAUGAGAUCCAUCAUCCCGCUUCUGAUCCGAAAUCUCCCGUACGGAACCACCGCAUAGAAAUGAUCGCCGAAUUAAUUUAAGAUCCGAUCCGCUGCUGUCGUCUCUUGAAAUCGUCAAAGAGGAGGGAGACUGAGCAUCAGCAGUGAGCUCUCUGGAAUCUUUUCCAAUCUCGUAAACCCUAAUUCUGAGUUCUCUCCAUUUCAAAAGGAUUGGGUAAUGUGGAAGCUGAAGAUAGCGGAGGGCGGGAGCCCGUGGCUGAGGACGAACAACAAUCAUGUAGGAAGGCAAUUUUGGGAGUUCGAUCCGAAUCAUGGGACUCCUGAAGAGAUUGCAGAGAUCGAAAAGGCUCGAAGAAUUUUUUGGGAGAAUAGGUUUAAGAUGAAGCAUAGCUCUGAUCUCCCAAUGAGGUUUCAGUUCGCGAAGGAAAAUCCACUAGAACUGAAUCUUCCACACAUCAAGCUAUCAGAGGAAGAAGCUGUUACUGAGGAGGCUGUAUCAAUCUCUCUUAGAAGGGCCAUCAGCCGCCAUUCCACUCUCCAAGCUCAUGAUGGGCACUGGCCCGGGGAUUACGGUGGUCCAAUGUUCCUUUUGCCUGGAUUGAUUAUCACAUUAUCUGUUACUGGAGCACUAAAUACUGUCCUAUCAGCAGAACAUAAGCGCGAGAUGUGCCGUUAUCUUUACAACCACCAGAAUGAAGAUGGAGGCUGGGGUUUGCAUAUUGAAGGUCAUAGUACCAUGUUUGGUUCAGUCCUAUCAUACAUUACUUUGCGGUUGCUUGGUGAAGAGGCUGAUGGUGGAGAUGGAGCAAUGGAGAAAGGGAGAAAGUGGAUUUUAGACCAUGGAAGUGCAACUGCUAUAACAUCAUGGGGGAAAUUUUGGCUCUCAGUACUCGGAGUCUUUGAUUGGUGGGGAAACAACCCUCUCCCCCCAGAGAUGUGGUUACUUCCAUAUUUUCUUCCAGUUCAUCCAGGUCGAAUGUGGUGUCAUUGCCGGAUGGUGUAUCUACCCAUGUCGUAUAUAUAUGGGAAGAGAUUUGUUGGUCCAAUCACUCCAACAGUUUUAGCAUUAAGGAAGGAGAUAUUCAAUGUUCCCUACAACCAGAUAGACUGGAACAUGGCACGCAAUGAGUGUGCAAAGGAAGAUCUGUACUAUCCCCAUCCGGUUGUGCAAGAUAUUCUUUGGGCUUCUCUUCAUAAGGUUGUGGAACCUAUUUUGAUGCGCUGGCCUGGUAACAAGUUGAGAGAGAAAGCUCUAAAAACUGCUAUGGAGCAUAUUCACUAUGAAGAUGAGAAUACUCGAUAUAUUUGCAUUGGUCCUGUGAAUAAGGUGAUAAAUAUGUUGUGCUGCUGGGUGGAAGAUCCAAAUUCAGAGGCAUUCAAGUUACAUCUUCCAAGAAUUAAUGAUUAUCUGUGGCUAGCUGAAGAUGGCAUGAAAAUGCAGGGUUAUAAUGGAAGCCAAUUAUGGGACACAGCCUUCACUAUUCAAGCAAUUAUCUCAACUGGAUUUUCUGAAGAAUUUGGUUCUACCCUUAGCAAGGCGCACAAAUAUGUGAAAGAGUCACAGGUUCUUGAAGAUUGCCCUGGUGACCUUAGUUUCUGGUACCGGCACAUUUCUAAGGGUGCAUGGCCAUUCUCCACUGGCGAUCACGGAUGGCCGAUUUCAGAUUGCACAGCAGAAGGCUUAAAGGCGGCACUCUUGUUGUCACGGAUUUCUCCAGAAAUUGUUGGUGAUCCAAUUGUUGCAAAUCGAUUCUAUGACGCUGUUAAUGUUAUCCUUUCACUGAUGAAUCCAGAAGGUGGUUUUGCAACGUAUGAGCUGACAAGAUCAUAUCCGUGGUUGGAGUUUAUAAACCCUUUCCAAAAAUUUGGAGACAUUGUUAUUGAUUACUCAUAUGUUGAAUGUACAUCCGCAUCGAUUCAGGCACUAACGUCAUUUAAAAAGUUAUAUCCUGGACACAGAAGAGAAGAGAUAGAAAAUUGUAUUACUAAAGCAGUUCGUUUCAUUGAAAAGAUACAAGAGCCUGACGGGUCAUGGUAUGGCUCUUGGGCUGUUUGCUUCACUUAUGGAACAUGGUUUGGGUUAAAAGGACUGAUCGCUGGAGGUAGAACCUAUCAGAACAACUCUUGCAUACGAAAAGCAUGUGAUUUCCUGUUGUCAAAGCAGUUGGCUUCAGGUGGUUGGGGAGAGAGUUAUCUUUCAUGUCAGGACAAGGUCUAUUCAAAUCUUGAGGGCAAUCGAGCUCAUGCAGUAAACACUGGAUGGGCCUUGUUAUCACUGAUUGAUGCUGGACAGGCUGAGAGAGAUCCGAAGCCUUUGCACCGUGCAGCAAAAGCGCUGAUAAAUAUGCAGAUGGAGAAUGGUGAAUUCCCUCAACAAGAAAUAAUGGGGGUUUUCAAUAGAAAUUGCAUGAUCAGCUAUUCCGCAUAUAGGAACAUCUUUCCGAUCUGGGCUCUCGGAGAGUACCGCACGAGAGUGCUGUCUCCUUCGUCGAGGAAAUGAGAGAGGUCUCUCUCAGUCCUAUCCAAAGGAAUUUGGUCUAAAAUCAUCCUUCAUCAAUGUUUAUUCUUUGUGCUUGAGUUAUGAUCAUAUGAUGUUCCCGUAAGAGCUGUAAACCUUAGUUCGCAAGUAUGCUAGCCGUGUUUGUAUCUUACUCUAUGUUAAUGAAUAAGCCUAGCUUUGCCUCUUGACCUUCUUGGAUCAA